GUAAGAUCAGUGAUCGCCACAAGGAAGGAAAGAAGGAUUUUGAUAGUUCAAUCUCGAACACGGUCCAGUUCCUCUGAAACGAAGGGGAUUUGCGCUGCCGCGUGCUCGCGCCCGCCCCAGCAGGCACCACCGAUUGUUGACAAAGACGCCGCGAGACGGAGAAGAGAGCCCGAGCCUUGGUUUUAAGCCACGGGAGGACUACGGUUGAAGACACCGUCCGUUUACGGAGAACGAGGAAGGAGCGCGAGUGUCUUGAAAAUCAACCGUGAGUCACAAUGAUCCGCUUCGUUAUCGGACUGGCGCGUGAAGAAGAGUACUACCCCCCGGCUAACCACAUGCACCUUUACAUACUCACACCGACAGAAUGAUCACAGUGGGCCGGGAUGGGUUGGUGUCGGUGUGAUUAACGUCAGUCUCAAGGAGUCUUCCAUACCUAGAAGAACCAGGAGGACGGGGUCCAGGCGAGGUCUGGCCGGGCAUGGUGUGAUCUGAGUCGGGCAGUCAGUCUGGGUCUGACCGGUGACCACCCGUCCGUUCCCCGGAGCCUGCGUGGCCCCAAGCCGCGUCCAGAGCCUUCCAAGAUGGGGAAGUGUGACGGGAGAGUUACACUGGUGGCGAUAUGUUCACUGCAGCUGAUGGCAGCGCUCCAGAGACAGGUGUUUGACUUCCUGGGCUACCAGUGGGCUCCUAUCCUGGCCAACUUCCUCCACAUCAUGGCCGUCAUACUGGGGAUCUUUGGAACCGUGCAGUUCAGAUCCCGCUACCUCGUAUUGUAUGCGGUGUGGUUAGUGCUGUGGGUGGGAUGGAACUCCUUCAUCAUCUGUUUCUACCUUGAGGUGGGACACUUGUCUCAGGACAGGGACUUCCUGAUGACGUUUAACACGUCGCUGCAUCGGUCCUGGUGGAUGGAGCAUGGCCCUGGUUGCCUAGUAACGCCGGUGUUGGACUCCCGCAUCGCCCCUGACGACCACCAUGUCAUCACCGUCUCUGGCUGUCUCCUUGACUACCAGUACAUUGAGGUGCUGAGUGCUGCGCUACAGGUCCUACUGGCUCUCUUUGGCUUUGUGUAUGCCUGCUAUGUGAGCAAAGUCUUCCAGGAUGACGAGGAUAGCUUUGAUUUCAUUGGUGGCUUUGAAUCCUAUGGUUACCAGCCUCCUCAGAAGACCUCACACCUCCAACUGCAGCCCCUCUACACGGCCGGGUAGGGGAAGGGGGCGCCCCCAUCAGACCACACCUCAGCGGUGAAGCUGAGUCGCCUUGGGAACAGAGCACUCACUCUCCGUGUCACAGUACAACUGAAAGAUGGACUCACCUGUGUGUGUUUGUGAGACCGUGUAUGUGUGUGGUAAUCGAGGGUAAACUGACUGAUACCCCUGAGGUGAAUGUACAGAGGACAGGGUGGAACCAGCCAUUCUAUGGGGAGGGGGGGGGGACACUGGGCGUGGUCACUUGUUAAUGGACACGGAGGAUAUUGAGAGGACACUGCACCUGCCGGCUCUUUGCACUCCUAGGACCCUGUGUGUGUGUGUAGUUCUAAAGGACUAGCUGAAUGACCUCUGAACUAUUGUGGGAGGGGCCUCCAAAAUCACAUGGGGCACAGCUCUUCAUGUGGUCAUUUUAGAAUGUGAGGUCAUAAUAGAACAAUCGUAUCCCUAAUCUUGUCCCUAAUUCUGUUGUGACAGGGUGACCCUGUGUACUCACAAUCACAGCAAAAAAGCAGAAGCGGUUUUGUCGCGAUUGUGUGUACACUGGGUUAAGUGAUCUGUUAUGGACCAAUUUUAAGGAUUGGGCUUUAGUGUCUCUGGGGAAAGAUGUGGGGAUUCUGUGCAUGUAAAUAUCCGGCUGAUUGGUUGUUUUGUUUUUGGGGGUGGGGAGGGGGUUGCGUAGCCACGCCCCAUUACGUUUCGUCUCACCUUUUUCACGACCAAGAAUCAUCCUUGAUGACUUUAGAAAUGCUUCCUCCCUCCUCCUUACACCUUACUACCCUUUCUUCUGUUAUUCUCCCUCCCUCUACACUUCAUUCACUCCUUCCUUUCUUCUGUAACGAAAUCACUGGUCUGACCUGAUGAUAUUAAUGUAAGGAAUAAAACAACACUGAUUUAUUUCACCACCAUACAAUAGGUCAUUGUGCAUUUCCAGGUCAGAAAUGUCUGGCGGAGGACAGAGGUGGAAGACUGUAUUUCUGAAGUGGUUUCCUGGGUAAGACAGACUGGUGUGUUAGGAGACAUUGGGAAGGGGGUUGGUGAAAUAAAUAAACUGUUUCUAAAUUAAA